CUCUUUUAUUUUUUUUAUUCCUAUUUACAGUAUCCCUUUCUUCUUUUCUUCCUCCUCUCCUUCGUCCUUAUUUCACAGCCACUACUGCCAACAAACAGGUUACGCAUCAUAUCAUACGUCGGCCGACACAGACGGUCCGACAGCUAGCAAGCAAGCAACCUUCUACUAGUCUUCUAACUACCUCCCUUUCCAUCACUCUCCCUCCUCCCCGCCAUCUGUCCAACUUACGUUCCUAUUUCCUUUCUUACUUGACUUAACUUAACUAUUUUGCAUAAUUAUCCUGGAGCUUUGAGACUGUCGCUAUCUCUCGGAUCGUUAACAACUUGAACCCGCUUUUUCCAUACCUGCCCGUGCACACGUUCACAGCCUAUCUUGCCUCCUGACUCCCCCUCAUCCCUCACCACGCUAUCCUUUGGUCCGCUUACUAUUUUUCAAAAUAAAUUUGAGAUUUCCUUUUUGGCAAAAACAAAUCUGUCGGCUAGAUUCACUUCUUUCCCUCUUUUUGGGCGAUGCCCCCGAAAUCUAAAGCUGAGAUACAGAAGCAACGGGCAAAGCUGGUGAAUUCAUACAAUGAGCUCCUGAGUGAGUUUUCUUCAAAGGAUUUGAAGACGGUGGGGAAUUAUAAUCUGGGGAAGUUGAUUGGGAAGGGGAGUUUUGGGAAGGUUUACCUUGCUACGCAUAAGCUUACCAAUGGAUCUAAGGUUGUGUUGAAGUCUGCGCAGAAGGACGACGCGAAUUUAGCCCGGGAGAUUCAUCAUCACCGACAACUGGUACACCCACAUAUUGCGAGACUUUACGAGGUUAUUGUUACAGAGAGCUUGGUUUGGCUGGUGUUGGAGUACUGUUCCGGGGAUGAGCUUUAUAACUACCUCAUCAAGAACGGGAGAUUGACGGUAGACAAGACGAAGAAGAUAUUUGCUCAGCUGGUCGGUGCGGUUUCGUACGUGCAUAUGAACAAUUGUGUGCAUAGGGAUUUGAAAUUGGAGAAUAUUCUGCUCGAUAAACAUGAGAAUGUCAAACUGUGCGAUUUUGGUUUUACAAGAGAGUACGAACGUCAGAAAUUGCUUCAAACCUUCUGUGGAACAGUCUGCUACUCGGCUCCUGAGAUGCUUAAGGGCGAGAAAUACAUGGCGCAUGCUGUGGAUGUUUGGUCAUUGGGCGUUAUUCUUUAUGCACUACUUUGUGGGGAAUUGCCGUUUGAUGAGGACAUCGAGGACGAUACCAAACUUAAAAUUCUCAAGGACGAACCUAAAUAUCCUGGAGAUUUGCCCGAAGAUGCCGUCUCGCUAUUAAAAGCGUGCCUUAUGAAGAAACCAGGGUUGCGGCCGACCCUUGAUGAAGUCCUGUCACAUCCUUUUCUUGUGGAAUAUGCUCCAGCACAAAAGGCCAUUCUUGUCGUACAGCCAUCACCUGCAUUUUCGACCCGGUUGGAGAAGGAUACAUUACACAGGAUGAAAGCCGCUGGGGUUGACAUAGACCAAGUAAUAGAGAAUGUGCUUGCCAAGAAAUGCGAUGCUCUUGCUGGAUGGUGGGCAUUGUUAAUAGAGAAGGAGGAGAGAAAGGAGAGGAGACGGCAGAAGCGGAAGAUUGAGAGUAGGAGAAUGAGUGCAGCUUCUAAUCUAGAUCCGACGUUGUUGCCUCUAAAUGAAGAGUCGGAGGAUCAGAUGAGGCGACAAAAUCCUGUGAUUAUCUUGCCCGAGCGACAUCAUGGAAGGAAUCCCAGAGCACAAACACCCCCGUCUCCCACCCCGCCUCCGCCAGUCGAGAAGGAUAGGGAUUAUGGACCGUACUUGAAGCCGCCGCAGCAAGAUAGGCAAGUUAUGUCGUCCCCGGAUCUUCACUCGGAGGUGAAUGGCGGGAAAGGGAGGCAGAAUAGGAAACAUGCUCUAAUGACCCAACUUGCGUCUUUAAAGCAUUGGUUUCUGGAUUCAGCCAAAAGGGCGACUUCUCCAAAUUCCAAAAACAGCUCGAACCAUAAUUCGGCGAGCCACAAUGCCAGCCACGGCUAUCAGCCAUUUCAAAAUGGACUGGGUUCACGUUCGGGGAACGGCGCGCGGAGGAAUUCGAGGGGAAACGUAGCGUAUAAUUCUAGCUACCGUGGGACCCCACCACCGAAACGAAAUUCCCUCUCCCCGGGCCCGUUAACACCGCACACAUCUUCAUACCGCCGGCCAUCAGGUCGGGGUCUCGGUGGGCGAAACUCAACCUCGUCAUCAGUGUCUUCCAUCCGCUCCUUCCAUAAUAAAACACAUUCAAAGGCCUCCUCCACAUCAUCUGCGUCCAUAUCAAGCAUAACGUUAAAGUCCCCGCGCUCCCCACGCGGCUCAAUUAAGGUCCUGCCCGCAACUCCCACUUCCUCCACCUUCCCGUCACACGUCCGCGUGGUGCGCUCCUCGCCCAAUGGCCAGGGAUACAACGAGGCAGCAGUAUUAACAUCGGGUGUAACCUUUGCCAAGCGGAAGAAGAGCCCAUUCAAGGGGCCCAUGCUGAGUCCAGCAGCCCUGCAUGCAAAACGUGAGAAUGCGGGCGCGAGGAUCGCCCAGAAGCGGAGUAGAGGGAAUAUCAUUGAGGAGGAGGAUGAGGAUAUCGAGGAAGUAUUUGAGUUUAUAGGUCCAGGGGAGAGUGAGGAUGAGGAUACGCUUAGGGGUAGACAUAAUUAGAGUUUUUUUUGUUUUUGUAUUUUCUUGUCGGAUCGGAUCGGCUAUGAUAAGCCGUUUUUUUUUGUUCUUAUCCUCUUGUUUUUGUUGUAUUUUUGUCUUGUUUUGCUUAUCUUUUUAGGGUAAGUUGGGUUAUAUCAUACUGCGUGCUGGAUGCUAACUGAGCUCUAAUUUUUCCUGUUUACUUGACUAACUAACGAUCUGCAAGUUUUUCCUUCCUUCUCUCUUUCCUUUCCCCGCUUUUGCGACGAAAAGCGCUUUCGUUCGCGCAUCUUUUGAUGGCUUAUUAUAUCCCUUUCUGUUCUACUCGUAUUCAUUCCCUCGUUCUCGUUGCCCACUUGUGGCUAGCGUAGCACUAGCGUCUUUGGUUUCUGUUAACGAGUUCAUACCCCUCCUGGUGUGUUGGGCAGGGGGGCGUGAUAUAGAAGUGUCACUCUGGCUGCCAUUGUCAUGGAAUGAAUAAAUUUUUUUACUGUUAUAAUUUUUUUAUAUCGAGGUGGGGAUGUUGUGAGUAUAUAUAUAUGGUGCAAGGCGUCUAAAGCGUGUACUGUACCAAUGUGGGCGCACCCGUGAAAUGCCUAGAUUUAUAAGGGGUAAAA